CUAACAGCGUCAAUGCACUACCCAGCUUCCGCGAGUGCAUCGGACUUGCUGCAAAUUGGCAAUGGCGUUGGCAGGGGAAGAAGACGACUUUGAAGACGACUUGUGACGACAACAGCUGUGCAGCAGUGUCAGAACUCGGCAACAAAGGCGCCAUGUGCAGCUUCAACGACGAUCCGAGCGCCGCUCCUAUCAACCCGCUCCAGCAGCGUCACCCGGACCGAAACAGCAACCAGUCUGAAAGACAGCCAAAAGCUGCACCCAUCGCCCGCUCACGCAGCUUCGCCACCUCGCGAGCUACUAUCAAGUCAGAGGACACCCUUCCUCUUCAAAAGUCGACGACCGCCCACCCACACGACGAUCGAGCAUCCCACUGCACCAACCAUAGCUAUCACCGAAACAUCCUCGCAACGCCAAUACCAACCAUCCUUCAGAUGGCGCAUCCCAUCAAAUAACCCUGCCGCCAGACCAUUCGGUCACACGAUCAAGAUGUUCUGGGCACUAGCGUCUGAGCUUACAGAUGGUGAUGGUGUUCCAGUCUACAAAGAAAGCAGAAGGUACAUCCACCGGCUCGUCACAGAGCACUGCCGGCUUGUGAGUUGUUCCCGACUCGGAUAAUACAACUCCUACUCGCUUCGGCCUGGGCAAUCCACCUUCCAUUUCGACAAGAACGACAGAUCGCGCUGCGCAUAAGCAGAUUAUCACCCAAGCUGGAUCCGAGGAGAUGAAGUUCCGGACUUGAUCCUGCGCAAGCCCUCCCUCCCUUCAACACAGGAUGUGCGCGUCAAUGGGAAAGAAUGACAGGAGAACUUGGACAAAUUGCUGGAUAUCGAGGGUCAAUGCAUAUCUCGAUCGGAUGCACCGGCAGGAGUGAAGGCCACUGCAGCGAGCAUCCUUCAUCUCCGAACGGAUUGAUCUCC